AUGAUGCUUAAUGGAUUUGGUUUUUUUUGUAAGCGUAAAAUGGUGACAGUUUUUAGUGCUGCACGAUAUGAUUUAGAAAAGAAUAACAAAGGAGCUGUUAUGAUUGUUGACAAAAAUAUGAAAGUUGGCUUUUUAAUCCUUCAUCCGGUAACAACAUAUGCAAGUGGUAUAAUUUAA